CGUGUCCAGAUAUCCCUGGUCGUCUUCUGCCUGGGCCUGGCCGUCAUCAGCGAUUUCGGACUCAUCCACCUCAAGCAUGUCGAGGACGUGCCCAAAUCGUUUCAGUGUCUGUCUGUUGUCCUCGGAGUCGACUACCUCUUGGUCAUCCUGCCGACCUGCCUUAUGCCCAGGAUCUGCUUGACCUAUUUCUUCGGUGCGUUCAGGCUCUACCUCAGAUGCAUCCGUAGCAACAUCGAGGCCUGCAUGCAGUCCACCCUCGUUCCUCCAGACCGCAAAAAAGAGAUGCUAGAAGAGUACCGGGCUCUGCUGAACACGCUGAAGACCUGUGUCAACGAAACUGGCGUCACCCUGGGCACUGGACUGAUGUACACGUACAGCUACGCGGCCUGUCUUUUCUGCGGCUCCAUCUUUUACAUUUUUGUACCCAACACGUCGAACAACAUCCGGCUCUUCUUCCUGGGAAGCGGAUUCAUGCACUUCAUCAGUCUCCUGGUACCCACGGCGGUCGUGCACAAAUUCGCCGAAGAUGUGUCAGACCUCCGGAAUACCGUCCAGUCCUAUUCUUUCGCAGCGCUGCCUAAAGAUGUGUUCGAUCAGAUAUCAAUGAUGGUCUUCGCCCUCGAGAAGGAAAACUUCAGAUUCUGCGUAAACGGAUUCUUCAACGUCCAUCUUCCGGCGUAUGCGAGCAUCAUUGGAGCCGCCUUGACGUACACCAUUGUGCUGGUGCAAACGCACAACCUUCAUUUGGAAGACCCGACGACGCUUCUGUAGUUUCGUCGUUAGUGAGCCGAUCUCACCGGCCAGUUCCUUAUUUAUUCGCAACUCUCAGCGAUGGUGGUUCCGCAAUCGCGCGCUGUCUAGCUCCUGGAUGAUCGGCUUCGCAAUAAAGAUGGUUGCCUACACCUUCCUGGAGUGAAAAAAAU